GGAACGCGUCACCCCUUCACACUGUGGUGGACGUUUGGGUCUCGACGGUGGUCUGGUGUCGCCCUGCUGUGCUGCAGCCGCUGUGGCACCAUGGCUGUGUUUGUCGUACUGCUGUCCUUGUCGCUCGCGGGUGUUUUGGGGAAUGAGUUUAGUAUAUUAAGAUCACCAGGGUCUGUUGUCUUCCGAAAUGGAAAUUGGCCUAUACCAGGAGAGCGAAUCCCAGAUGUGGCUGCGUUGUCCAUGGGCUUCUCUGUUAAAGAAGACCUUUCUUGGCCAGGACUUGCAGUGGGUAACCUAUUCCAUCGUCCCAGGGCUACCAUUAUGGUGUUGGUAAAGGGAGUUGACAAACUGGCUCUACCUCCAGGCCGUGUCAUUUCAUAUCCUUUGGAGAAUGCAGUUCCUUUUAGUCUCGACAGCGUUGCAAAUUCCAUUCACUCCUUAUUUUCUGAAGAAACUCCUGUAGUUUUACAGUUGGCUCCCAGUGAAGAAAGAGUGUAUAUGGUGGGGAAGGCAAAUUCAGUUUUCGAAGACCUUUCAGUUACAUUACGGCAGCUGCGCAAUCGCCUGUUCCAGGAAAACUCCAUUCUCAAUUCACUUCCCCUCAACUCCCUGAGUAGGAACAAUGAAGUGGACCUGCUCUUCCUUUCAGAACUGCAAGUGCUCCAUGACAUUUCAACUUUGUUGUCUCGUCACAAGCAUCUAGCCAAGGAUCAUUCUCCUGAUUUAUAUUCACUGGAGCUGGCAGGUUUAGAUGAAAUUGGCAAACGUUAUGGGGAAGACUCGGAACAAUUCAGAGAUGCUUCUAGGAUCCUUGUUGAUGCCCUGCAAAAGUUUGCAGAUGACAUGUACAAUCUUUAUGGUGGAAAUGCAGUGGUCGAAUUAGUGACUGUCAAAUCUUUUGACACAUCUCUUGUGAGGAAGACAAGGACUAUCCUUGAAACAAAACUAGAGAACACCGCAAGUCCCUAUAACCUUGCAUACAAGUAUAACUUGGAGUACUCAGUGAUUUUCAACAUGGUGCUUUGGAUAAUGAUUGCACUGGCCUUGGCUGUGAUUAUCACCUCUUACAACAUUUGGAAUAUGGAUCCCGGCUACGACAGCAUCAUUUACAGGAUGACAAACCAGAAGAUCCGAAUGGACUGAACUGUCCUCAUGCAGACUUAAACAAGGGGCUUGGGCUGUUUUAUUACAAUAUACCUUUUAGUGUAGUUUAAAAUAGAUAGUACACUUUAAAUUUAUUUAAAAAAAAACCAGUAAAUUUUGUUCUCUGUUUUGUGUGUGCCUGUGCUUCUUUUCAGAAUAUAGUAUUGAUAGAAAUCAAAAUAUGUGACAUAGACUCCAUGAUAUGCUUGAGUAUUAUAAUACAGCCAUUUAAUAACACAAUUUCAUUCCAUUUAGUAAAUUUGGAAACAUGCACUGAAAGAAAUGUAAAACACUUAGGAUAGCUUAUUUUAUUUAUGUUGGAAAAUGCACUGAAUUUAUUAGAGAAACUUAUGAAUGCUUAAUGUGCUUGUACAGGACAGAAGAAGUCCUACUUGGGCCAUUACAUACUAUGAACCAUUUGUAAAUGCAUUCUAUGUAAAUAUCUCUGAGUGAGGGACAUUUUCUUAGAGUAGCCCUAAGAUACUAGAUAUAUUCAUACAGUCAAAUUAGUUCGGAACUGUGUCUGAUUGACAGUAUGGCUGUUUUUAACUUGCGCUGCAAGUUUGUUGACCUGUGUGUCUAGGAGGGAUAUUAUCGCUACAGUGACUUAAGAGAUUGGCUGUGUGGCAUGUAGAUGCUUGUAAUUAGAAAAAAACAGACCUCUGAGGGAACAGCUAAAGGCAUGAAUCUAAAAUAUUUUUAUUUCAGUAACUUCCAAAAACCCUAUGAAGUUACUGUGGUCUGUGGUACAACUUUAUUCUGUAGAUUAGGUGAACAUAGAUGAUUUGUACUUUUCAUGUGAAAGUGGACCAAUGUCUAUAAAGAGUGAUAAAUAAAGUUAAUGGUUACAAAUCUG